AACCACUCCUCUUUUUCUUAAUUUCUUGUCUGUCAAGAUGAUGAUGGCUGCUGAGAAUGGAAGUGCGAGUGUCAUUUCUGACGAUCAUUUGAAGAAGUUGGUCGAUUCUUGCAAAAGAAACAAGCAAGACAGGUCGCUCACUGAGCUGGCCAAAGACAGAGAGGGACGAGUGUUCGUCAAUAGAAGUAUUUCUAUGGAUAAGAUAAAAUAUAUUGGAUUUGACAUGGAUCACACUUUAGUAGUAUAUAGAUCACCAGAAUAUGACAAGCUAGCAUAUCAGCUAGCCGUACAAAGGCUAGUGUCCAUUGGUUACCCCAGGUCGAUUGAAAAUAUUAUUUAUGAUGAAGUGUUUGCCUUAAGGGGCCUGUUCUUUGAUAGAAGAUAUGGUAACAUUCUAAAAUUGGACUCCUUUGGUAAUAUCCUAUCGUGUUAUCAUGGCUUCUCUGCUUUAUCUGUGUCAGAGAUAAGGAACUAUUAUCCUAAUAAAUAUGUCCAGGUCAAUCAUGAUAGACUAUUCAGUUUAGAAACGUUAUUCCACACACCUGAAACUUUCUUACUCUCUGCUUUGGUUCAUUUCUUUGAUGCUCAUCCUCAAUACACGAGGAUAGAGGAAGGGUCUGAUCAGUACACUGGAGUUAAGAAUGGCGACGUUAUCAUUACCUACAGGAUGAUACAGCAAGAUGUACGUACUGCCAUUGACUGGGCACAUAUCGAGGGUGAUCUAAAGAAACUCACGCUUGAAAACCUUCCACUCUACGUGAAGAGAGACCCCAGACUGCCACGCUGCAUAGAAAGGUUACGCCAGUCUGGCAAGAAGCUAUUCAUAGCUACUAACAGCGGGUAUGAGUACACUUCCAAGAUAAUGAGCUAUUUGUUUCAACUACCUGAUGUCACUAGGGAAUGGAAGACUUAUUUUGAUUAUAUUAUCGUUGAUGCUAAAAAGCCGCUGUUCUUUCAGGAGGGAAGCAUGCUAAGGGAAGUUGAUGAGAGUACUGGUUCACUGAGGUUGGGUCGGUUUGCUGGUGAACUUACUCCUGGAAAAGUAUUCUCUGGAGGUUCAUCUGAUGCCUUCUGUAAGAUAGCAGGAGCUCAGGGAAAGGAAGUUUUGUAUGUUGGUGACCAUAUUUUUGGUGAUAUUAUCAAGUCAAAGAAGGAGCAGGCAUUCAGAACCUUCUUAGUUAUACCGGAGCUAAUCACUGAGAUAACUACAUUUGAAAAUGCAAAAGGAUUAUUAACACGGAUACAAAACCUUGAGUUUCUACUAUCGGAGAUGUACCAUGACGAGAGAUCAAGUGUUAAGGAAAGUGUUCAAGACUUACCAAGCAUAGAUGCCAUUAGGACAGCAAUUAGGGAUACCUCACAAAUGAUAGAAGAUUCUUAUCCACACUCACUUGGGAGUCUACUGAGAUGUGGCUCAAGGCUGACGUAUUUUGCUAAUCAGGUCAGUAGAUUUGCUGACCUCUACAGCUCCUCGUGUGUGAACCUGGUAAACUAUCCAGACCAUUAUCUAUUCAGUUCCCCACACCAACUGAUGGCUCAUGAAACUGCUUCCACUGAAGAAGAGGAUUCCUCAGUCUCUCCCAAGUUGUUAGGCAGUGGCUUCAAUCACAAGAAGAAAAGGAAUAUUAAGAGAAAUGUUAGUGCUACAGUUGGACUGGAUCUUGAUAUUGAGGAUGAUGAUAUAGAUGGUUUUAUUUCUAAUGAUAAAAAUUAGCGUGUGACAGAAUCUGAUUAGAAAACUUCAUCAAUUAUUAUUAUUAUUAAUUUCUCUGAUCAUAAUUAAUUUUAAUCAUCCCAAUUGGCCAAGGCAUUA